AUGUUUCAGACUCCAAACUAUGAAGACAUUCGCACACAGCGUUAUCUCAACUGUAUUGGCAUUAAAACAGACAACCUAACAGACUUCCUGACAACGAUUGGAAUGCCAAUGUAUGCGGAUCGAUUGGCCAGUGCUUUAGGAUCGACAGAAUUUGCCUUACCAGCAAGUUUAUUAGCCGUUACAGAUGCUCAAAUGGUCUAUGGUCUGGACAUUCCAUUAGCUCAUGUGAGACGUAUUCGCUCGGAGGCUGCAUUGAUUCCAAAGAGUCUUUUGGGAUCCAAUUCUGCUACUCUACCUAGAGGUGGUGGUCUCACUAAACAGAUGAUCUUUAGAAGACAACAGCAUCAUCACCAUCAUGAAAAAUCCUCACAUCAGCGCCAGAAUCCACCGAAAGGUGAUUCCUUAACUCAAAAUGGAGAAAUUUUGGACAAAGUGUGA